GGGAUAAAGCGCAACAUUUAUUUUUAAACCAUCAGAUCGAUCGCCACGCUGGUACCUACUGACAUUCAUAAAACAGAAACGCGGCUAGCGAGAGACAGGAACGCUGCAAACGUCGGUAUUUUAUUUACGUGGAGAGCACAGCGAUACCCGUUCCGCUUCUAUUUUCGCACUAUAUCGUUUAUUAUGAGGGCCGACGGCGACGGCGGCAUGGGCGCACUGAGGGCGGGCGCGCGGGCUCGAGCGCAGGCCACUGCCUGAUAUUAUAUUCUGGAGCACGCCGCCUCACCUCGCUUCGCGCCAGAUAUUUCGAGUGUUGCUUCCACCACCUAUGAAUUUACCUAGUCUCAGUCACAGCACACGCCCGGUGCAGCCGGCCGCAUCGCUCAAUUAAUAUUAACGAUACUGUUUGCUUGGAGAUAUCCGGAAAUAUUACGGUUUACCAUCAAAAGUUAUAUUUGGCAAGGUUAUGGUUUUAAUGGCCCUACACCAAAUGCAAUAGUGGAAAGUUCACGUUUAAAUAAAGUUCAUUAGCUGUGUGCUUUAUGAUUGUGUUUAAUUAAGUGCGUAAAACACAGCUAUCAUACAAUUUGCAUACUCGAUGCCAGGCGUUAACCACAGCGGUCGACGAGACACCGUUAUAUUCACACGAUUUCAAAAACAUUAAUCUAAGAAAACAUGAGCGUCGAGGGUACGAGCACAAACGUGAUCCGGGGAUGGGGUUGCACGCCUACUGGUGAGCCGCCACCAGCAGCCGUGGCCACUGAGAACACCAGUAGCACCAGUAAAGGCUGCCUCGCCACGAUAUUCACCAAAGGCUGGAGACGAACCACUCUAUACGCCAUACUGGUGUUCUUAAUGAUCCUCGUGUUUCUAAACAUUGCGCUCACCUUGUGGAUAGUCGGCGCUUUGAAGCUCACUAUGAACGGAGUGGGUCCAAUAAGAAUAGUGAAAGGUGGCAUCCACGUGGACGGUCAGGCGUGGGUGGUGGACAACCUGGUGGCGUCCACCAUCACGUCGCAGGUUGCGCAACCCAUCACCAUCCAUUCACACCGCAACUUCACCGUUCAGGUGGCUGAACCUGAUAGCUCCGACCACUCGAAGCUCUUUAUAAAGCGCGAUCACCUGGAAUUCAGCGGUCGUGCGCUCCACGUGCGCGACGCUCGUGGCGGGCCGGUGUUCUCGGCGGCGCGGGACGAGGUGCGCGUCUUCUCCGACUCGCUGGCGGUGGACGGACCCGGCGGCAUCAACGUGCGCAGUGCCGUGCAAGUGCCUAUCGUGAGAGCGCCUCCAGCUUUUGAUCUGCAGUUGGAAUCUCUAACAAGGCGGUUAGAUUUGAGAGCGCCUGAGAACAUAUUCCUUGAGAGCAGAGCAGGCAAAAUUGACAUUACAUCGCACGGCAAUAUCAAACUAGACUCAGUUGUUGGUGCUAUAAAACUCAACGCUCAAAAUAUAGUGAUCAAUAAUUUAAAAGAAGCUGUGAGAACUGAGACGCGUAAUAAAAACGUGAGAAGUACUAAAGUGUACCAGCUAUGUGCGUGUGCGACGGGGAAACUAUUCCUGGCCGCGCCGGAGUCGCCGUGCGUUGCGCACGACGAUGACACCGAACUGUGCCGAUGAUGACCGAACAUACACGAUCAUGAUGCACCUAGUCGUAGCCAAUACUGACCAUAGUGCCAAAUAGAUAGUGAAAUAUCUUAGAUAAGCUGAAAAUAUUCCAAAUAAGAAACAAAAAUAUUGUUAUUUGAAAAUACGUAUUAGAUA